ACCAAACUCAGCACUUCCUGUAGGAGAGGAGCUCGUUUAUCGCUGUCGUUUGGUCAUGUUGAGGAAUGUCCUGAGCAGGUUGGUGACAGAAACGGUUCGUGUUCACUGUCAUGUAAAUCCCGCUCCUUUCAAACUGACGCUGACAGCCUGCCGUGGGUCGGUGAGGAACUUUGCGGAGGUGAAGGACGAGGUGCAGCCGCCGUUCAACUCCUCCCUGCUUGAAGUACUGGUCUGCCCGCUGUCCAAGAAGCCUCUGAGGUACGAUGCUGACACCAAUGAACUGAUCAACGAGGAGCUCGGCAUCGCUUAUCCCAUCGUUGAUGGCAUUCCUAACAUGAUCCCGCAGGAGGCCAGGCUGCUACAGAAAGAAGAACCAUCUCCAAGCAAACCUGCAGAGUAGAACUCUUGAACGUCUAAAUUCAAAGUGAAAUCCAUCCAUGCACGGACUGAUGCGAAUCCAGCAGUAGGAUUUUUGUUGAAUAGCCAGAAUGUUCUCCCUGUCCAUGAUGGUGGGACUGGUUCCCAUCGUGUCUCUGUUCGGUUUGUUUUACUCUGCUGCUGUGGAUGAGAACUUCCCUCAGGGCUGCACCAGCAGCAACAGUCUGUGUUUCUACAGCCUGCUGCUGCCAGUAACCAUCCCCGUCUACGUCUUCUUCCACCUCUGGAGCUGGAUGGGGAUCAA